CUUGCCAACAGGGGAUCCAUUACACUCAAGUGUAGAGCUCAAAUGUGAAAGAGAACACAUCAAGGGACCAGCCAUAUGUCAAUAUCACAGAUAACACCAACUCUCUUCCUGAGUGGGGCUGAUGCUCCUUUGAAUCAGGCACUUAUGACCCGCAAAGGCAUUACACUGAUCGUGAACGUGACCCUAUCCCACACCUGCCCUAUCUACCCAGGUGUGGAGUGCAUACGUGUUGCGGUGUCCGACCUCCCAAAUGCCCGUCUAAGUGAUCAUUUUGACCACGUUGCAGCUCGAAUCCAUGGUAACCGAUCUGGAGGAACCCUAGUGCACUGCGCUGCAGGCAUGAGUCGCUCACCUGCUCUAAUAAUGGCCUACCUCAUGAAGUACAAAGGAGUGACUCUGCGGCAGGCUCAUAACUGCGUUAAAGACAGCAGACCUUACAUAUGCCUUAAUACAGGAUUCUGGACCCAACUUCUAGACUAUGAGAAGAAACUCUACGGUAAGAAUACUGUGAAGGUGGCUGAACCACUGGAUCCAAUUCCUAAAACACCAAAACUACCUUCCAAGUACAGCAUGAGACGGUGUCCUCCUUCGCCAAGGCUGAGCCGACUUAGAAGAUUCACCUCCUUGGCUCUUUAAUCAAAAACAGCGAACUGAUCCUUUGCCAGAAGUGGACUUGAAAUUUCUAUUUACAUAUUGUAAGGGCAAUGAAAAAUGUCACAACCAUCAUUUCAAAUAAGGAUCAACAAGAUCUAAGUAAAAGAAAGUACUUCAACAUAACUGUUUUGUUUAUCCACUAGCAUGUCAUUUUAAGAGGCUUUUAGCCAUUUCCUCCUGGCUUCUAAAGCAAAUUCACUUUCAAGGAUGUUUAUUGUUUAUUGACGUGGUCUGGCUGGAAUUCUGGGAUUUAAAAAAAAUCUUGAAA